GAGGCGGUACAGAUUAUUUUUCAGAGCUUAAACACCAAGGCACAAAACGGAAGUGGAGGAAACUGAAUGUCAAACAGUAGCAUGGUGAACAGUGCUUUUGGGUAACCUACAGUAAAAAUGUCUGGGUAUAGUUUGUUUAGGAUAGCAUUGUCAACACAAUGCAACGCUGCGACAUUGCUCUGCAGGACGAACAUGUUGAACAGACUGCAGACGUGCGGAUAUGCGAAAAAAGUUGCGGCCAAAAGCAAAGCUAAAGGUAUGGCGAAGGAGGCACCAAAAGGUCCAGAGGUGUGUAAAGACCCUGUCAGACUUACAUCUUAUGCAGUAGGGGUCAACAUCUUCAAGCAAGGAGAAGACCCCAAACUAAAGCCCCCUCAGGAGUAUCCAGAGUGGUUGUACCAGGUAAAUCUGGGAAAGCCCAAAGACGUGCACGACUUGGAGACAGACACCUGGGAGUACUGGAAGCGUCUGAGGAAGGGAAACAUGUGGCGUUACAACAGACUACACAAAGGGAAGAAGUUUUAGGCCUUCAUUGGACUUCCUGUAUAGUAGCGUGCUUCAUACUCUUGUGGACUGAAUAACCUGACAUUGGCGUAUGUCCAGAGCCUGUGUCAACUUCCUGAAUGAAACACAGUUCGAUCACCUCUUUCCCACUUGCCACCUAUCCAGUGGGUUAUUUGUGAUUAUGCUGCAUAUUCAGUGGUAUCCAUGCAUUGGCCCUCUGGUGAUAAAAGCUGAAAUAAAGCUUGUUUCCCGAUUAGAUUA